CAAGUCCGCAAACGCUACUGUAUUUGAAGAGUAUUUGGAUUUAUAUUCGAAUACAAUAUUCUCAAAUACAAUAAAGCUGCUUCGCGGUCAAUUGGGUCAACUUCGUCGAAAUCAUUGGCAAAAUCAUUGGCAAAGAUGGCUUCAACUAAGAAAGCUCUCCUUUUGGGAGCUGGCUUUGUUACCAAGCCAACCAUUCAGAUCCUCGCGGAUUCUGGUAUUGAAGUGAUAGUCGCUUGCAGAACUCUUGAGAACGCCAAGAAGCUGAGCUCCGAUAUCAAGAAUACUCGUGCUAUCUCUCUAGAUGUGAAUGAUAGCAAUGCUCUCGAUGAGCAGGUCGGCCAAGUCGACGUUGUCAUUUCUCUUAUUCCCUACACCUUCCAUGCCACCGUCAUCAAGUCGGCCAUCCGCAAGAAGAAGGAUGUCGUCACCACCAGCUACGUCUCCCCCGCCAUGAUGGAACUAGACCAGCAAUGCAAGGAUGCUGGGAUCACCGUAAUGAAUGAGAUCGGCUUGGACCCCGGUAUUGACCAUCUAUAUGCGGUCAAGACCAUUGAAGAUGUCCACAAAGAGGGAGGAAAGAUCUUAUCCUUCCUAUCGUACUGUGGAGGUCUACCGGCCCCUGAGAGCUCUGGAAACCCCUUAGGUUACAAAUUCUCUUGGUCACCUCGUGGAGUCUUACUUGCAUUAAGAAAUGCUGCCAGCUUCUACCGAGGCGGUCAGGUUGUUAAUGUCGCAGGCCCUGAUCUAAUGGCUACCGCUAAGCCGUACUACAUCUACCCAGGAUUUGCUUUUGUUGCCUAUCCAAACAGAGAUUCUACCCCGUACAAGACGCGCUACAACAUCCCCGAGGCGCAAACUAUCAUUAGAGGUACUCUACGAUACGCAGGCUUCCCGGAAUUUGUCAAGGUUCUUGUCGACAUUGGAUUCCUUAACGAUGAGGAGCAAAGUUAUCUCAAGGAAGCUAUUCCUUGGAAGGAGGCGACACAGAAAGUCAUCGGUGCUUCAUCGUCAGAUGAAAAGGACCUUGUCUCAACUAUUUUAGCUAAGGCUACCUUUAAGGACGAUGGUGAGAAGCAGCGAAUCUUAGCUGGCCUCAAAUGGGUUGGUCUGUUUUCGGACGAGAAGAUCAUUCCACGAGAAAACCCGUUAGACACCCUUUGCGCCACUCUCGAGCAGAAGAUGCAAUUCGGCGAGGGAGAGCGAGAUCUCGUAAUGCUGCAACAUAAAUUCGAGGUUGAGUUGAAGGAUGGUACCAAGCAGACUAGACUUAGCACUCUGUGCGAGUACGGUAGCACAGCACCGGGUGGCUACUCCGCAAUGGCUAAGCUUGUCGGUGUCCCAUGCGCGGUUGCUGUCCAGCAAGUUCUUGAUGGAACACUCUCUGAGAAGGGUGUCCUCGCUCCGAUGAACAGCAAGAUCAAUGAUCCCCUGAUCAAGGUUCUCAAGGAGAAAUAUGGCAUCUUCUGCGUUGAAGAGAUCGUCGCAUAAAGUAGGAAAUAGAUGGCCGUUAAGUAGAGUGGUAGAAGCUGACUACUCUAACAAUGUUGUUAUUGUGGACUAAAAAGGCGAGAAAAAUACCCUGCCAUCAAUAAAAGUCAUACAGAACCUGCCAUUUUCGUGUUAUCCCUCGAAGUUUGACUAUCAGUUUGUUUUUGUUGCUGAGUAGGUACCUAGUAGGUAUCUAGUUGCAACGCUAUUCCCAUCCAAUCAGGCAUAGGCAAAUUUCCCGAG